AUGCCAAGUUCCGACACUAAAGAGGUCGUUGGGUGGCCUGAUGAUGUUGGUAUAAUUGCACUGGAAGUGUACUUUCCCUCUCAGUAUGUUGACCAAUCAGAGCUGGAGAUAUUUGAUGGUGUUUCUACGGGAAAGUAUACCAUCGGUUUGGGUCAAGAUAAAAUGGGGUUCUGCUCAGAUAGAGAGGAUAUCAACUCACUGUGUCUGACGGUGGUUCAAAAGCUGAUGCAAAAUUACGAUAUAUCGUACGAGUCGAUUGGACGACUUGAAGUCGGUACUGAAACUAUUAUUGAUAAAUCCAAAAGUACAAAAACUGUAUUGAUGCAGCUAUUUGAAGAGUGCGGUAAUACAAAUAUUGAAGGAAUCGAUACAACCAACGCAUGUUAUGGCGGGACAGCAGCGUUGUUCAAUGCACUUGCCUGGGUUGAAUCCAGUGCAUGGGAUGGUCGAUAUGCAUUAGUUGUAGCAGGUGAUAUAGCUGUGUAUGCCACUGGUAAUGCUAGGCCUACUGGUGGUGCUGGAUCAGUAGCAAUGCUUAUAGGACCUAAUGCACCAUUAGUCAUAGAAAGAGGUUUAAGAGGAACACAUAUGCAGCAUGUUUAUGACUUUUUUAAACCGGAUUUAUCAUCUGAAUUUCCUAUUGUGGAUAGUAAACUUUCGAUACAGUGUUAUCCAAGUGCGUUAGAUAAAUGUUAUCAACGGUAUAUUAUGAAAGCAGAAAUGCAGAUGUUAAAAGAUGGAGAGACUGGUCCCUUUUCGCUUGAACACUUUGACGCUAUGUUUUUUCAUUCACCGUAUUGUAAAUUGGUACAAAAAUCGUUUGCGAGGCUUAUGUUAAAUGACUUUCUUAGAGACUCAAAUGCGGAUACAACUGAGAAUGGAAUAUUUUCCGGUCUUGAAGCAUAUAGGUGUUUAGUUUGUGAAUUAAUAACAUCAGUGGCUGACAUAGCUGGCAAAAGAGUUGGGUUGUUUUCUUACGGUUCAGGAUUAGCAUCUUCCAUGUAUUCUAUAAAGUUUUCAGAAGACACUGCACCAGGCUCCAAAUUGUCCAAAUUAUCUGAGGUCUUAUCAGAUGUGACUGUUAGGUUAGAUUCACGAAAGAAAACUACACCAAAAAUAUUUGCAGAUACUAUGAAGCUGAGACAAGAUACUCAUCAUCUUGCUAACUACACACCAGUUGGUUGUAUUGAUGAUCUGUUUCCUGGUACGUGGUAUUUAACGCAUGUAGAUGAGAUGCACCGUAGACAGUAUCUCUGUACACCAUUGCAUGUGAUCCCAGAGUCAUUGCAAUCUUCUGUCAUUCCUGUGGAGACUGUGUCAGGCAAGAGACCUUCUUCAAUACCAUCACCAGAAGCAGCCCCUUCAAAUUGUAAAAUAUAG